AUGGCGGCGGGGGGCGGAGCGCAGCUCCUCCAGUGGCGGCGUUGCGCGGCGCCGUUUGGAUUCAAAGGCGCUAUAAAGGCGCCGUCACGGCGCUGCCCGCGGCCGCCCGCCUCCCGCGCCAUGGCCGCCAACACAUCGCAGUGCCUGGAGGAGGGCGCCGGGCAGUGGCCGCCGCGCCCGCCCGGGCCGUACAGCGAGGCGCAGCGGCUGGCGCUGGAGGAGCUGGUGGCGGGCGGCCCCGAGGCGCUGCGCGCCUUCCUGCGGCGGGAGCGGCUGCCGCCCUUCCUGUCGGAGCCCGAGGUGCAGGCCAUCGCGCGGGGCGCCGUGCCGCCCACCGCGGCCGACGAGUCGGCGGCCGAGGCGUCCCUGGACGCGUCGUCGCUCACCUACUUCCCCGAGCGCUCGGACGCGGAGCCGCCGGCGCUGGAGCUGGGCUGGCCGGGCUUCGGCAGCGGCGCGUUCCGCGGGCUGACGCGGGUGGAGGCGCACUUCCAGCCGGGCGGCGAGGACAGCCCGUACGGCUGCAAGGAGGCGGUGCGGCGGCAGAUCCGCUCCGCGCAGCAGGUGAUUGCCCUUGUUAUGGAUUCCUUCACAGAUACUGAUAUCUUCAGUGACCUUCAGAAUGCCUACAGCAAGCGCCAGGUCCCUGUCUAUAUCCUUCUUGACCAGGACUUUCUACCUUAUUUCUUGGAAAUGUGCAAAAACUUGGGUGUCUGUCCUGAGAAGGAGAGUUUGAUGAGGGUUCGAACUCUCACUGGCAACAUCUACUACACGAGAUCAGGUGCCAAAAUUAUUGGGAAAGUCCAUGAAAAAUUCAUGUUGAUUGAUGGCGUGAGAGUGACAACAGGCUCCUACAGUUUCACAUGGACUGACGGGAAGCUGAACAGCAGUAACUUGCUGCUACUGUCUGGUCAAGUUGUUGAACACUUUGACCUGCAGUUUCGAAUUCUUUAUGCCCAGUCAAACCCUAUCAGUCCUGAGUGCCGAUCAAGCUGUAGGAACAGUGGAAUAUUUGAUCACAUGGAGAAAAGAAGAGAGUCCUCUAAAGAAUACACUGUGGAGAGCAAUUUGAGGGCAGAAUUUGCCAGGCUGUCUAGUACUCCAAAAAAACUGUUAAAAGAACUAGAUGUGGCUGCAGACACUCCAAGACGCAAACCUCAUGACCUGGGACAUUCUCACUUCAGUGAAGAGGAGUGGCUCAGCGAUCCAGAGGCCAGAGUGGGACAGAAGAAUGCAUCAACUCAAACUGGCUUAUGGGAAGAGCAGCCUGCAGUGGCCGUGUGUAAUGUUGGCAUGCAGACCAAUGUUUUAACAGAAGAAGCUGACACUCAAACUUCAACUGCUACAAGAACGACUGGGACUCAGACUUCAGUUUUGCUGAAGGCUGCAGUGAUGCAGACAAGGGAAGAUGCGUAUGUGGAAACCCCUCUGCUUUACAGGAAGUUUUCCAAAGAAGAAUCCUUUCAACCUGGAAAGUCUUCAUCAAAUUCUAGCCUGCGGUCGCUAUCUUCAUCAUCAUCCCACCUGUCUCGUACGAGCUCUACCAGCUCGCUGUCUUCUCUUAGGUCCUUUGAAUACCCUAGUGUUCACAGGGCAGAGUAUUUCCAAAAACUGCAUACGGAGAGGCAAUUCCACUACUCCACCAUCAGAUCAAAGCUUAGCCACAUGGUGGGUAUCUUGUCCAGGAGAAGACGUGUUCCUGAAAGCUACGUGAACCACUGCAGGGGAAGGUACAACCUGAAGUAGAGGUGAGACAUCAGUGCCAGCCUGCACAGCCUCUGAGAUGUUUCACUCUUGUCUGAAUAAAUGCUGCACUGAAUGCAGAGCUUGAAAGCUCUGGUCACAAAAUGCAAGCACUUUACAUCUGCUGAUUCUUGUAAUUCCUUCUAGUACUUUUACUCUUCUUUAAUACAUGCACACGUCUGUAUAACCAAGAUGUUAUAAUUGCAAUAUAAUCAAAAGAGUAAGGCAAAGCUGUAUAACCAAGAUGUUAUAAUUGCAAUAUAAUCAAAAGAGUAAGGCAAAGCUGUAUAACCAAGAUGUUAUAAUUGCAAUAGAAUCAAAAGAGUGAGGCAAAGCAAACAAGGAUCACAAAAGAGAAUAAGUGGAAGAGCUUACCCUUGGGUUGAGCUCACUAGAAGAUAUCAAAGAGGAGGAUCUCCAGAAGAGAUCCUUCCCCUCUGGUAGCCAGCUCUUCAAUAGGUCCAGGAGGGGUGGACUUGCUGGACCUUCACCUGUGCUCCUCUGGCUGACUCAUGGCUCACCUCAGGUGAUCAAUCAGAGGUUCAGGCCGUGACUCAGCAGUUCCCAUACACACGUCACUGUCCAGCACUUUGUUUUCUACUGUGCAAUUCAGUCAGUGAGAUUUUUCACAUGUACUGAAACCACUUGCAUGUUUCCCUUAUACACAUUAGUGGUAUAGGUUUAUUGUACUUCUGAAUAUUUGACUUAGAAAGCAUUUAAGUUUUGUUUUUAGGAUUGCUAACACUCUGGCGUUAAGUUCUCUAAACUUGGAAAAAUAUGAGUCAGAUCUUGCUCAGAAUGGUAAUAUUUAUUUCCCCUUUUUAAUAAUAGGUUUUAUUUUCACUACAUGUUCAGAAUGAGGGAAAAUAACUUCAUUCUCACUCCAGUAGAAGAGUAAAAUGUGUUCAUCUCUGAAGCUGUGAAAGGUCUGUUGGAACAGCUGUGGGUUCUGAUCUAACUAGGUCUUCAAUUUGAUUGUCCUCAUAUGCCUUUACAUGGCUAUAUGUAAGGUGUGCACGUAACAACGGUAACAUAACUGUGUUACCAACAGUUUUUUCUCUUAAAUCUAAAGGUAGCUUCAUGUCAGAUGCUAAGAAGAAAAUGAACUGUCUCAGCUGGAACUGGGACGUGUGUCUUAGUUCUGGUAGGAGACCUGUAAGUGCCUGCCUGCCUUGGAGUCAGGCUGGAGGUGAGAUGAUCCCCAAGGACACAUGACAAAGUCUCUGCUCAAAGAAAGUACAAAAAUAUUAUAGGUUGUUUGCCAUGACUAUUUUACAAAUAAUUUUUUCUCUCUUUAAACUGGGCUUUCAGAAUUUAUUCUGUAUUUCCUGCUCUGUCUGUAUUUUAUCCACUGAUACUGGUUUGGGGAACCAGAGAGCCACUAGAGCUUAUGAAAAUACCUUCAACACUACAUGGAUUGUGGGUUAAGUCACUUUGCAGAGACACUGCCUGAAUGUCUGCAGCAGGUGCAUGUGUGUUUGUGCUUGAUGGAUCACCUCUCUGAGGUCUGACCUGUGCUGCUUUACACCUGAAUACCAUUACGUUGGUAACUAACCAGACUGAAUUCUACAGUGAAACCAGUCUGGAUAAGGUAUUUCCUCCUUAUUUAUGGGAGCAUCUGUCCAGUAGAUGGCACAUUUCAGCUGUUAAGUUCAUUUCCCUAAGAAGAAAUGAAUGAGUGGGAAAACACCCAAAACAGCUGGGCUGCAAUGGAAGCGUAGGCAGACAUG